AUGCCCGGGGCUGGGCACCGAGGCGCAGCCCGGGCGAGAUGGCUGGGCACUGGGCUUUUGGGUCUCUUCCUGGUCCCUGUGUCCCUGUCGCUGGAGGUAUCUGUGGGAAAGGCCACUACCAUCUACGCUGUCAACGGCACGGAGAUCCUGCUGCCCUGCACCUUCACCAGCUGCUUUGGCUUCCAGAACCUGCGCUUCUGGUGGUCCUACAACAGCAGUGAUACAUUCAAGAUUCUCAUAGAUGGGAUUGUGAAGAAUGAGAAGUCAGACCCCAAGGUGAAGUUGAAAGAUGAUGACCGCAUCACUCUGGAGGGCUCUGUGAAGGAGAAAAUGAAUAAUAUUUCCAUUCUGCUGAGGAACCUGGAGUUCAGCGACACGGGCAAAUACACCUGCCACGUGAAGAACCCCAAGGAGAAUUAUCUUCAGCACCAGGCCACCAUCUUCCUCCAAGUUGUUGAUAAACUGGAGGAAGUGGACAACACAGUGACACUCAUCAUCCUGGCUGUUGUGGGCGGGGUCAUUGGGCUCCUCAUCUUCAUCCUGCUGGUUAAGAAGUUCAUCGCCUUCAUUAUCAAGAAGACUCAAGAGAAAAAGAAGGAGUGCCUCGUGAGUUCGUCAGGGAACGAUAAUACAGAGAAUGGGUUACCUGGCUCCAAGGCGGAAGAGAAAGCACCAAAAAAAGUGUGA